CUCCAGACAGAGGUUGCUAAGAAACUUGCCUGAGCAUAAUUUUGCAACGUUUUCAAAUACCUGAAUGGAGGAAAGUCUGCCAGAGCCCCCAUUGGAGCUGAAAGGAGAACUUAAUUAGAGACUUGGGAGAAGACCCUCAGAGUGUGGGAAAGUUUGUGUAUUUUGGUCCCAUUAGAUUUCAAAGCUAUUGCUGAUGGCCACAAACUUGGCCACAUAAUGGCCACAAGCUUGACUUGGCUUUUGUGAAGCCUGAGUUUUUAUGACAUACGUGCUCCCCUCUCUCCACUACCUGAUUUACUCAGCUAGCUGCAGAAGCAGGAUUGAAUGAGCUCUGCUGUCUCUCUACUCAGUGUAGAGUGUCUUUCUUUAAGGCUAAUUUCAGAUCCUUUUUAUCUAUUGCCCAUGUUGCAUUUUUUCAACUUAUAAAAAUAUGUUUUCAGGCUCUGGGCAAGAAUUGGUAUUAUACAAUUUUAACGUUGAAAGUGAAAUGGAGUUCAUAGCUGAGAAAUUUUAAGGUAAUUUGCUUCCUUAGAAAACUAAAGCUGCCCCAUACGAAAGGAAUGCCAUGCAAGAAAAGAGAUUUAUGUGGAUUUCUAGUGUACUUGCUUUUGAGCCUGUAACUCUUUAUUUCUUGCAAAUGUACAUGUAGCAAUAGGCUGGAAAAAGAAAACAUUCCAGGAAUAUAGUAGAAAAGAUUAAGCUUCUUACUGAAGUCAUCAGAGAAAAAGAUAAAGGAGACCAAGAUCCCCAUGUGAUAAUGACAGAAGAAGUGGCAUAUAAAUGUUUCUCGAAAUAUAUCUCAGGAGAAGAAAGCCUGCUGCUGCUUCAGCUUCCAUGAGUGUUAUCCAGUAGGAAGUGUGUGCAUAUGCCACCACACAUUUGGUUCUUGUCCAGGGCUUCAUGCAAAACCACGUGGAAAGGAAAUGAAGAGUGAGAAUGAAACUUCUUCAGCAGACUUCAUUCUGCUGGGAUUCCUGAGCCGGACCAAUGUACACAUGUUCUCCAUGGCAAUGAUCUUAUUAGCCUUCAUCGCUGCCUUGUCUGGGAAUGCUCUCCUCAUACUUCUAAUAGAAGUGGAUUCCUCCCUUCGCACUCCCAUGUACUUUUUCCUCAGACAAUUGUCCUUCAUGGACAUCUGUCAGACUCUGAUAAUUGUCCCCAAAAUGUUAGCAGACUUCCUGAUCCCAGGCAACCCCAUUUCUCCAGCUGGUUGUGGGGCUCAGAUUUUCCUUGUGCUGACAAUGGGUGGAGCAGAGUGCCUCCUCCUGGCCGUCAUGGCUUAUGACAGGUACAUAGCGAUCUGCAACCCCUUGCAGUACCCCAUCCUCAUGAGAAGGAACAUCUGCUUUCUUUUAUCAGCUGGAGUCUGGAUGGGAGCAUCAGUAAAUGCCUUGAUUCACACAGUGUUUACACUGGGUUUCCCCUACUGUGGCUCAAAAGAGAUUGACCAAUUCUUCUGUGAGAUCCCAUCUCUGCUCAAAUUGUCCUGCUCUGACACCUCUCGAUAUGAAACUCUGGUGUUUGUGGCUGGCAUUGUCGUGCUCCUUAUCCCUGCUUCCAUUAUUCUAGCCUCUUAUGCCUUUAUCUUCUUUAGGGUUCUGAGGAUGAAGUCAACCACAGGACAGCAGAAAGCUCUGGCCACCUGCUCCUCCCACCUGACUGUGGUGGUCAUGUUUUAUGGGGCAGGAAUCUUCAUGUACAUGAGACCCAGCUCCUACCACUCUCCAGAGCAAGACAAGAUUGUGUCUCUCUUUUACACCAUUGUCGCCCCAGUACUCAAUCCACUCAUCUACAGCCUGAGAAACAGGGAUGUCUUACAUGCCCUCAGAAAGUGGAUUGGGAAAUGCACAGACUUCCAGCAAGAUUGACAGAAGUUGUAGCCUGCCCAGGGGAGGGGGAAAGGGAGACUUGCAUGAGGCUGAGCCCAUUGCAGAGCCUGGCAGCCCUAACUGUAAAGUAAUGUCUCUGAUGUCCAGCCUGAAUCUUCUCUCUAACUAUUUGUGGCUGCUUUUCCUAGUAACCCUGGGUGAUCCCCUGGGGGAACAGAACCUCCCCCAAUUCUCACUGGUCCCCCCUGGUGACUUUGUAAAUGGCCACCAGAUCCCCUCUCAGCCUUCUCUUGUGGAGACUGAAUAGGUUAAGUGCCUUUAGCCUCUCCUCGUAGGGCCUGCCCUGCUGCCCCUUGACCAUGUGAGUGGCCCUCCACUGGACCCUCUUGUUGCUAGCCACAUUCCUCAUGAAGCGCAGCACCCAGAACUGGACGCAGUACUCCAACUGCAGCCUGACCGGCGGUGCACAGAGGGGAACGAUCACCUCCUUGCACCUGCUCUUGAUGCAUCUGUAGAUGUAUGACAAGGUGCAGUUAGCCUUACUGGACGCUUUCUCACAUUGGCGCCUCAUGCUCAUCCUGCAGUCAACAAUGACUCCAAGAUCGCUUUCUGCCACUGUUUCGACAAGAAGGGAGUUCCCAGCCUAUAGGUGUGUUGCUGGUUCCUUCUCCCUAGAUGCAGCACCUUGCCCUUGUCUGUGUUGAAGUCCAUCCUAUUCUUAUCCAUCCACCUCUGUAACCUGUCUAGAUCUAGCUGGAUUCUGUCCCUCCCCUCCAGCGUGCCCACCUCACCCCACAACUUGGUGUUGUCAGCAAAUUUGGACAGCAUGCUUUUUCAUUUGCCGCAAUCACCAGAUUGCCAAGCCUAUCCUGUAUGUUCCUCACGUUACCCAGUGCCCUCUCCUUACUGCCUAUGUAUUUGAAAAAGGACUUUUUAUUAUCCUUAAUUCUGGUCACUAGCCCGAGCUCCAUCUCUGUCUUGGCCUUCCUAACAGCCUCCCUAAUUAACCUGUUCUAUUUAGCAGAAAUUUUAGAUUAACCUGUUCUAUUUAGCAGCUUUAUUCAUGAAAAUGGCUGUUACCCAAGAAUCUAUGUAAGCCUUUUGUAAAAUACAUUGAUUUGAUAUAUUCCAGAUAUGAUGGAAAAGGGCAACAGGGAGAAACAGGAAGCUUUCUAGGUUUACAUCGAUGGCAAGAAUACCGAGCAGUAAAUGAAAACAAAACUGUGUCCAAUAUUCCUUUCUUUGUGACUGGAAGGAAUGGAGAUGAUGGGUAGACACAACAAAAUAAAUGCAUAGCAUUAAUGAAAUAAAAGAAUUUUUCAUUAAAAAUGAAUAAGAUAUUGAAAAAUGUUAAUAGGAGUGCUGCUUCUGAAAGAAGCAAUGGAACAAUUUUGUGAAGCCUGGCUAUCUCCAUAUUCCCAACUUUACCCAAAAAAUGAACAAACCCAUGUGGUAGAUUCACAUAGAGCAGGCUUGUCCAACAUGCAGCCUGUGGGCUGCCAUGCGGCAUGCGAUGCGGCCCCUGCCAAGGCAUUUUCUGUGGCCCGCGGUGCUGUGAUGGGAAAUGAAAGUAAACACUGUUUACUUUUGCUCCCACCCCUUGUGCCUCCGCCAGCCCCUCAGCAACUUCCUAAUGGCUGCUGAAGGGCUGGGGGACGGACAAGGUUCCCACACGCACCGUGUCAGCUUGAUGUUGCUGACAUGGUGCAUGUGGCAAGAGGAGUAGCUGGCAGUGAAAACGCGGGUCAUCGAUGCAGCAUGGGGCGGUCCCAGGUAGAGUUUGCACUGGCCAGCACCAUGGGUGGCGAGCGGAACGUGGCCAGGCACACAUGGGGAGAGGGGAGUGGCGACAAAACCCCCCCAGGCCCACCCCAGUCAACUUCCCCUGCACUAAAUCGCCGCUUGCACCUGGCUCUGCCCCUUGGGGCUGUGGCUGGGGAGAAGGAGGCAUCAUCCAGGGGCCUCUGCACCUGCCCUACUCCACUCUUACCUGUGUGGUUCAUCUUCCCAGUGGCGGGUGAAGAAGUUGCAGCCGGGGGACCUGUGCCCAGCUCACACAUUCCCGUGUAAAUGCACAGUGCUGGCCCAGGCUUGCUGAGCUACAUCUGCCUCCACCUCCACCUCCUCCUCUGCCUCCUCCCUCCCCGGAAAAGGAAGCCCCCCCCCCAUUUUUUUUUGCUGGCUCUGGGCUGGGAGCCGCCAGGCGGGCUUGCAAGACAUGGUGAGU